AUGGAAGAGUACCUACAAGUGAUCCCAUCAGAGUUGGAGAUUAUAAAACAAGAUUUUGAAAAGAGUAAUUUAGAGCUCGAAAAGAAGAUAGAGCGGUUGGAAGAAGAAAAGAUGCAUUUGAGGUUAGAUGCUGAUGUUCAAAAAUUAGAGGCUGAAAAAUUAAGAAAGGGAAAUAAGAUUCGGGAAGAAAAGGGCAAGGCUGAUAGAUGGGAAAAGAAAUGCCAAGAAACGCAAUUGCAAAACGAGGCAUUGGAGAGGAAUCUGUUAGAAAGUCGGAGUGAAACAGAUGAAUUGAAGGAAAGAAUAGCUGAACUUGAAAGGUCUCUUCAUCGUUACCGAAAUCGUAAUACAGCGGUGGAGCUAAGAGCGAGUUUGAGCAAGAUUGAGGAAAUAAAGAAAAGAGUAGAAGAAUUAGAGGUGACAUUACAAGACUAUGAGAUGCGGGUUGAAUUUUUUGAAGCGAAUGAAGAACGUCUUAAAGAGCAGCUUCACUAUUAUCAGAGCCAAGUUAGAGAUAGAGAUCACGUUAUGGGAGAAGUCGGGGCCCAGAUUUAG